GGUGGCCCGCAAGCAGGAGAGCACCAUUUACGCCGUCCGCCGGUCCAAGAGACUCAACCCUGAGCUUGGCCACUGGCUCUCUUUCCUUGACGAGCCGCCCCCCGAGCCCUCUGUACCCCAGGAGGCAGGUGAUGGCCGUGGCCCCCGGGACACCCUAGCCUGCCGAGAGCCUACACCGUGCCCAGCACCGGAAGGCUUCUCCACUGACGAGCCUGCAGACAAAGUGGAGGUGGGAGUCUCGGCACCACCCAUAGAGCUCCAGCCCCUCUCCCUGUGUUCCCCAGAGGACGGCGAGGUGGGCGACGGGGCUGAGAGCCAGCACUGUGCCCUCUUGGAGCAAGCAGAACCACCCCGGUGUCUCACGCUGUCCUUGGCACAAACCGAUCCAGCCUUUGGGAAGAGAAACUUUGAGCCGAUGUUGACUGUGGAGCUGUGUGGAACAGCAGGUCUCACGCCGCCCACCACUCCGCCGUAUAAGCCCGCUGAGGAGGACCUGUACAAGCCAGAUAUCCCCCAGGAGCCAGGGAAGGAGAACAGGACGGCCCCCACCGCUGGGGACACAGGGGAUGUGGCAGCGUCCCAGAAAGCCCCCAGGAAGCACCCUGAGAGGACAGAGCUCUUCGCCCACCUGAGCCGAGCCGCCGGGCGCCCCGCACUCCCCGAGCAGCAAGGUGUGCUCAAGCGUCCCUUCUCCCGCUCCUUUGGCGACCACGACUACUGCCAGGUCCUGAAGCCCGAGGCCACCCUGCAGAGGAAGGUGCUCAAGUCGUGGGAGCCCCUGAGCCAGGUGGAGAUGGAGCACAAAAGGAGGGUCCCAGCCACCCACUACCAGGGGCUGGACCUUGGCGGCAAGGAUGCAGGCGGCGAGGUGCUAUGGAAGGACGGCGUCAAGCAGCUGAGAGACCAGGAGAUCAGAGCCAGUUUAACGAAGCACUUUGGCUUUCUGGACAGUGCUUUUGACAACAAGGACAUGAUCUUCUGCAAGACCCCCGAGUACGACACCGUCUUUGAAGACAGCUGCAGUGAGAGCGGCUCCCCCGUGGAGGAGGAGGAGGAAGAGGAGGAGGAGGAGGAGCACGGCGACGCCAAGCUGUGUGAGAAUGGCAAGCAGUGUCAGGGCGGGAAUGGGCACCGGGGCCAGCUGGAGAAGAAACGGGAAAAGGCCAUCGGGGAAGGCCGGGUGGUGUACGUCAGAAACCUCUCCAGCAGCAUGAGCUCCAGCGAACUGAAGAAACGCUUUGAAGUGUUCGGUGAAAUUGUGGAGUGUCAGGUCCUGUCCAGGACUAACAGGUGGGUGGGAAGCGAACUGGGGCUGGGGGCUGCAGUGGCUGCAGAGCACNNCGCCUUAUCUCUGAAGAACGGCACCUCGCUAAGGAAGAGAAACGAGCCUUCCUUCCAGCUCAGCUCUGGUGGCCUCGGGCGCUUCUUCUGGACCAGAUACACUGACUUGGAUUGCAGUGUGGAGGAGUCCUCCCCAGCUCCAGUGAAAAGCAAGUAUGAGACCAUGGAUUUCGACAGCUUGCUGCAGGAGGCCCAGCUAAGCCUGCAUCGGUAA